GUCGAAUCUGUUUUCCAUCGCCAUCAUGUCACCGUCGCCACGCUGUUACCUAUGUGGUGGUAAGCUGACCGCCACACACGCUUCUCAUCGGAGGCUGAGAACAGAACAAAUGCGACAUCGGAAAUGUUACGACAAGCUCGCAAAAGCAGCACGGAGCCCCGAGAUACAGGAAUUCCUUCGUGCCAGACGAGAACCUACCUAUUCUGGUGCGGACGAUGAGGUUGAGCAAAGAGAACGAGAAAUCUGGGUCGAUGCCCUGCAUUGCUUCGUCGCAGCAAUGAGCAAUAACCGACUUACCGCCUUACCUCCUGAGCUGCUUGCCAGGGUGGGCGACUUUUGCGUCGAGAGCAAAUUGUUGCACACCUUGCGUCUACGGUCUACUUUGCUUUUCGCUGACCACCUAAACGCCCCGUUGCCGAGACCCUUAUAUGAAGAAGAUCUACCACUGGGCCUCAAUACGACGCUGCAAAUUUUUCGCCAAAACGUCGGUCGUCGCCAGUACAUUACCAGAAUCAAAACAGCAAGUAGUGUUGAUGUUGCCACGUCUGCAUGCUUCGACAUUACCUCUGUGGGAAACGAGACCGAUUGGACGCACUUGAUAUUCACACUGGAUGUGAGCGGGUGUCGGUCGGUAACAAUGUUCCCUCAAGCUACACCAGAACUCGGUGUCGGGGUUUGGGUCAGGACAAUACCCAGAUCGGCCAUCUCUGCGGCAAUGCCACUCGUUUGUUACUACAAAGGGGCUCGACUUCGAGAUGUACGGCCCAAGGAAGGCUUUGCGCCGUUGUUCGAUACUCUCCCAUCUGGAAAGGACCUUGUAUGGUUCUCUGAAGCUUCCAAAAAGCCGGCUGAGACAACUCCAAGGAUGAUGCAACGACGUAUUCCGUCCAAGAUGUCCGGUAUAACUGUAGCCUUUAUAGGAGGCUCUGUAGUAGAUCUCCAUCUGCACAGCGGAGACAGUAUACAAGACGAGCGCUUUUAUAAGCGGAUGACCACACUUCAUUCUCCACCAGUGUUAAGACACGCUAGCCUGAGCCCAGACGAAGAUAUCACUGAGGCGCGGGUACGAUUGCGCCGCACGUGGCUUGGCUGCUCGUCGGCUUGUCUGUUGUUCUCUACAUCCCGAGGCCGUUUGAUUGACCUCGCCCCAUUUAUCCCGACCGACCGUCGUGCGGAUCAUUAUAUCGAGAAGAUUCUGAGGACACCCGGUCGGCUUCACGCCCUCUAUCUCAACAAGAGGCUUGAUAUGUCAACAAAUGCAAAUAUCGCACUCGAAGCUUCAAACGCGGACGUAGCGGCCGUAGACGAAUGGCUACUCAAAACAACGUCCUCGCCUGACGAUGUCCCGAGUAUCCUUCCUAAUCCAUAUGUGUCUGUCUUCCGAGACUUGAUUGUCCUACAGGCCGAAGUUGAUGUUUGCGAGGAAGUCGAUGACAGCUAUCGAGUGUGCAGUGGAAUACGUGCUGGCGACACUAUUGCGGGCCAGUGGAAAGAGUCGGGAGCACUAUGCAACAAGCGCUGCGACUUGAGAGGAUGGUAUCUCGUGAAUCUGAGGCGGAACGGUCGGUGCAAUGUCUGCAUUGUGUCGGAUCUCGACGAAUUCCCCGACCAGCGCACCUUACCUCUACACCUUGGAAGCCAUAUCAUAUGGUGGACUAGCGAGCAUGGAAACUUUGUCCAGUUGAAAGAACAUGAUAUAUAAGCACGGCUGUCUCAACAGAUUUGAUCCCGC